AUGCGGUCGAAACGCUCACAUCUGCUCUUUCUUCAGGUUGGUCUCUUUUACCGUUAUAAGCCAACUCGCACGCAUGAAUACUCGGCACCGGAGCCCACCUGGUCGUUACAGCGGUUUGUGCUUGUUCGUGCCGGUGUCUGUCUCUGUGCUGGUGCAAUAGAUAUUUUCUUUAGAAUAAGAUUACUAUUAGCUGGUGACGUCGAAGAGAACCCUGGUCCUCUGUCGGAAAAGCAAGAGCGUGAACUAAUGGAAGCAAUACGUUCGUUACCAAAGAUAUUGGCAGGUCAAGACAAGAUAAUUAAACAGUUAGAAACACUGCGAACUGAGCACAAACAAAUCGAAGACAAAAUUGGGAAUCUAACGUCAAAAGUUGCCAAAUUAGCUGAGGAUUUAUCCGUUUUGUCUGCGCUUGAGGACAGAGCAGAAGUGCAGGCGCAAAAUAACCAGCUCUCAAAAGCUAUGCGAAACGUAUUGAUUAAUCAGGACGAGCUGGAAAAUCGUUCACGUAGGAAUAAUUUACUGUUUUUCGGCAUAGACGAUGAGAACGAGAAGGAAACAUGGGAUGAAUCAGAACGGAAGGUUAUAUCUGUCUGCUCGGACAAACUGGGUAUUACUGUUCAACAAUCAACGAUUGAGAGAGCUCACAGGAUGGGGAAGCAUAAUAACGAUAAACCAAGGCCCAUUAUUGUGAAGUUUGGACUAUUCAAGGACAAACAGCGUCUUCUUUCUGCGGCUUCGAAACUGAAGGGCAGCAGAAUAUCGCUAAGUGAAGACUACUCCCAGCAGGUUCGGCGAUGUAGAAGCAAACUGAUUGCUUAUGCGCGGGACCAGAACUCUGGAGCUAGAUAUAAGCUAAAGUACAACAAGAUGACUUAUGAAGGCAAGACUUAUAUUUACGAUGGUACAACAGAUUCCGUACGAGAGUACAUUCAGUAGCAAACAAAGCGUGAGCCGCCGCGGC